AUGAGGAACCAGAACGUUCGAGUCGAAGUGGUUGUCGAUGAAGUACGAAUAAUGAAGGAGUCAUACGCUCUUUACGGUGUGCUCCUUAGGAUAGUAAGAGGUAAGGACUCGCAAGGGUCUGAACAGACUUAUGAGCAACACGUAUUCAGACGAUUUUCAGAGUUUUGGGAACUUAAGAAGAAGCUCGAAAAAGAAUUUAAUGCUGAGUUACCUUACGAGCUGCCUACGCGUAAGUUUGGACUAUGGAAGAGGAGUGCUGUUGAUUUAGCAGUAAUUGAAGAGAGGAAAGUACAAUUGGCAAAGUUUCUACGAGAUAUGCUGAACGAUUCAUUCGAUACCAAGUGGAAGAAUUCAAGCCACGUAACAAAGUUCUUGAAGCUGCCUGUGAACUGGAGCUCAGGGAAUAAUAGGGAUACUAGCGAUAAUGUGGAACAAGAACAAGAGCUCGAUUUGAUGGAUCCCACACAAUGGAUGAUAAGUUUCAAGGACUCCAAGACGUUUCUGGAGCAGAGUAAACAAUCUGGUAGCGCUCAUAGCUCCAAAGUUCUAAUGCAGUUGCGACUUGCCCUGUAUAACAUGGAGGUGGCUCUGAAACAAGCACACAAGGUGAAUGAAGUCGGAACUUCAGAAUACGAAAGACGGACCAACCUCCUGCUACUAUUAAAACGAGAUGUCAAUGAAAUGGCAUUAACUCAGAACGGCGCACCUGGCAAGUCUGGUGAGGACGAAGAACAAAUUCGAUCUGCUUUAUUCCCAGAAGUUGCGAACCCUCGUUCUCCAAAGAAACCUCUAGCUGGGCGGCGCCGGUUCGGUGAGACCACAGAGACUGAACCACUCAGCGACCAACAACUUCUGCAACUUCACAAGACUAAGAUGGAAGAGCAGGAUCAAGAAUUAGAAGAGAUACGCAAAAUUGUCCAACGACAAAAAAAUAUCUCCUUGGAGAUGAACCAAGAACUAGCACAACAGAAUGACCUACUCGAUUUACUCGAUAACGACGUCAAUGGUACUGCUACGAAGCUACAAAUGGCUAACAGGAAAGCCAAACUAUUCAAUAACGAUUAG